ACGGUCAUUUAACAACUUUAUUAUUGCAUUUCCAAAUGACCUCAUAUGAGUCCUUAAGCAAGCCCCUCAAGGUGAAAACAAAUACAACUCCAUUUGCAAACAAUGUGCUCAUUCAGCACUUCACGGACUUUGGGAAAGCGCAGGAGAUCUCAAGAGUAUCUGUGAUUUGCUGAUAGCAUUAAUACGUUUGAAGACAGAAUCCCUCACAGAGCGCACAAGGCUAUCUAAUUGGCAAUUAAAGUAACCCGAGACACUCGUCUCCGACGCGUCGAGGUUUAAAGAAACACACAUAAAACAGAUGAACGAUUCUCGCUCUUGGCCACAAAGCACUUUCUUUUAUGAGGCAAGUGAUUAGGGAUUCUAUUCACCUGCGGCUGCUCUUGCAGGCUCUCACAAUCGAAGGAAAAAACGACCGCUGAGAUUCCCACCGCUGUCGUUACCGGCAGAACUGCAAGCUCAGCCCUCGAGCAGCGAGUGCAAAUCAAAUAUGUGGGCAUUAUCACCGUGGGAGAAUCCGUCUCUAAUCAAAUAACCAGUAAUACUGGUACACGCCGGUCUCUUGUUUUGUCUGCGGUGCUUAAAAUGCAAGCAGAUUUCAAGUGAAGUUAUCCAAGGGUCCGCGUCUGGCACGAGAGACGGAUCUGGCACCGAGCGCCGUCAGGAAAGGCCCGGCUGCCUUGGAAACAGAGAAGAAGGCGACCCAAAGGAGGAAAGCACUCAAGAAGGGGGCGGGAGGCAGAGGGAAAAAAGGUGGAGUGUUGUAUGAAGAGAGAGAGGGAACAGAGAGCCAGAGGCAGAGUGAAAACACACUGGAGCCUAGAGAAACAGUCAACGUGAGAGUGACCGAAUGAGGCAGAGCAAGUCUGGCCUCGACUCUGAGGCGUUCUUCACACUCCGGCGCUCGCCUCGUUCAUUCACAAAACAAACGCGAGAAGGCGGAGAGGAAGCAGAGAGAGAGAUCCGCUCUGCGUAACAGGAGGCAGUGCAGCAACGGAGCGGCGCGAUCAGGCAUGCGAGUCCCCCGAGGAGACGUCAGGAGGAGGUUAACCGCAAACGCCGACCCCGAGCGAGAGCAGCGAGGCGCACAUCCUCCACGACGCCACAGAUGCCACAGACUCCCACAUCCUUGAGUGGAAAGCAGAGGGCUCCUGCCGAAGGGGGUCCCGACAGAUGUGGCGGUCCCUGCGCGGGGCCCUCAGGUGUCUGGGGGUGAAGGUGUGCCGGAGGAGCGUGCUGCUGGUCGUCCUGCUGUGGUUGGCCUCAUGGCUCUUCCUCAACGGCCUGGUGUUUGUGCACAGGAACAUGUUCUCUGACUUCUGCACUGAUGAUAAGAGCAAGGAGAUCCUGCAAAGGGUGUGUGACGAGUAUCAGCAGGGUGUUCUGACUGGUGACCUCUGCGAGGACCUCUGCGUGGCCGGUCGUGUCGAAUACAAACGCUGCCUCUAUUAUGAGAAUGGCAAGAAGGUCAUGGCCGCCAGCUGGCGUGGGGUGCCUGUCGUUCUCAAGUCAAAGCUGGAGAACUUUUCCUCCUAUGAGGCUUUAGCUCUGCUGGAGUACCAGGAUGCGGCGGGAGGUGCGGGUGGCGAGGAGGAGCUCUCGCCUCUGGAUGUCGUCUUCUACGCCACUCUGGAGAUCAAGAACUCUCUGGGCUUGGAGACGGGAACUAACUUGACAUUGCCUCGUUUGUGGGGCCAAAAGCUGAAGGAGAACGAGCGGACGUAUUCGCGAGCUGAGCUGGCCUCGCUCUGGGCUCUCCUUCAGCAGGAGGAGUACACUUUCCUCAGGGUCCUGCAGGAUUUAACCCACCAUGUGGCCAAGAUCUUGGGCUCCUGUGGUCACUUUUAUGCCGUGGAGUACUUGGCGGCCGGACAUGCAUGGGAUCAACACAUAUUCUCACUGGAGGAGCUGACGCUGAGCCCCUCACCGAGCCCCUGGAGCGGACAGGAGAAGAUGAUAACCGCAAAAGAUAUGGUGCCCCGAGUGGCUCUGAGCUUUCUAGAGAUGGUGGAGCAUUUCGAGAAUGACUUUUCUCAUCGGUUACACCUCUGUGACAUCAAACCAGAAAACUUUGCUAUCAGGAAAGACCUGACGGUGGUGGCUAUAGAUGUGGACAUGGCUUUUUUCGAGCCCAAAAUGAGAGACAUACUUGAGCAGAACUGCACCAAUGACAAUGACUGCAACUUCUUCGACUGCAUUUCCAAUUGUGACACAACUAAAAACAGAUGUGGGCCAAAACGCAGAAACAGCAACCUUCAGGUGAUCUGUGAGAAGAUCUUCAGGCCUUGGUUUUCUCCCACGCUGCUCGGCGCUAAAGCGGGGCUCCCCCUGCAGGUGGAGCUGCAGCGGGCCGUGCAGGAGUGCGCCGAGAUAGACGGCGGGGAGGACGCCAGGCGUACGCGGGCCGUGAGAGAACAGCUACAGGAUCUGCUCGUGGAGCUCAUUCGGGAGGACACGGGAAACCAGGGUGAAGGCCAGGAACACAAGAUGAGACGCGUCCAUACGGCACUUAAUUUCUAAAUGAACUCUCGAAAUGGCUACGAAAGAACAAACAUCUCAGAUGACUAUUAUAGUUGAGAUAACAGCUGUUUUCCAACAGCCAGAUUCAGUACCGUAGUUGUUUACUGCUAAUAUUCAAAACAUCUGUUAACCCUCUGGUGCUGUUCAGUCAUUUUUGACCAAAUUGAAAAAAAAAUUAUAUUUUGUUUUUUUCCUUCAUCGGAAUGGUACGAAACUUGGUAAAGGUUUUGGCACUUGCUACGUGAACACACUCAAAAUAAUGGACAUUGUUUACAAAGAUUAAAUCUGACCCUGGACCACAAAACCAGUCAUAAGGGUCAUCAUCUGAAAGCUAAAUAAAUAAGCGUUUGUUAGGAUAGGACAAUAUUUGGCAGAGAUACAACUAUUUGAAAAUCUGGAAUCUGAGGGUGCAAAAAAAUCAAAAUAUUAAGAAAAUGACCUUUAAAGUCGUCCAAAUGAAGUUCUUAGCAAUGCAUAUUACUAAUCAAAAAUUAAGUUUUGAUAUAUUUACGGUAGGAAAUUUACAAAAUAUCUUAAUGGAACAUGAUCUUUACUUAAUAUCCUAAUGACCCCUACAAUGUAUUUUUGGCUAUUGCUACAAAUAUAUCCAUGCUACUUACUUUUGUGGUUUAGGGUCAUAAAUGGUUCUGGAAAAAAAAAAAAAAGUUGCACUUGUACUAUUUGUGGUCAAAAAUUACCACAUUGAAAACAAACUUCAUCUAGUGGAAACGAGGUACCAAACAAAAUCUUACUGAAAGCACAUUUUUUUUUAAAUAUCAACCUCAAAUUUGUAACACAACUUGUUUAGAUUUAUGGCUUUGAUUUUCCUUUUUAGAGUAAAACGUGUUUUGGAAAAAAGAUAUAUUUCAUAUAAAAGUUAAAAAAUAACAUUUUUGUGCGUUUUUUAUAAUAAUAAACUUAUACGUCUAUAACUUUUUUUUUAUUUUCCCAUUUUUUCGUCUUGUGUGUUUUCUUUAAAAAGAGACUAAAUGUAAGUUUGUGCUCCAAAGCAUUCAAGAUUUACUACAGUUUAACUGGGAAAUUAAAUUUUCAGAUCAAUGUUCAAAAACUGGAUAAAAAUACAAAAUAUUAAAUUAAAUAAGAACAUUAGCAAACUAAAAUAUAGUACAUUAAUUUCAUUAAAUUAAAAAAAAAUAAUAAUAAACGGAGCAAUUCCAAUAGGGUCCUCGCACUGCAGUGCUCGGGCCCUAAUAAUAAUAAAUAAAUAAAUAAAUAAUAACAAUUUGAGAGGCACGCAAGCAGCACCAGAGGGCUAAAAGGGAAGUUCAGCUAAAAAUUAAAAUUACUUCUGUGACACACAAAGGUUUUUUUUUUUUUGUCAUGUGUUCCAUAGAAGGAAGAAAUCCAUACAGGUUUUUGGGUAAACUUUCCCUUUAAGGGUGUAGAUAUAAGGGUGUAGGCCCGUUCACACCAGUAUCGAUAACUAUUUUGAUAAUUAUAUUAGCUUCCACACCAACAUAAAAUAAUUUGGUUUCGCAGGGCAGUUUUACUGUUUUAUUGGAGUUUUACUCGAGCGCUUUAAAGCAGCAGAGAUUCUGAUUGGCUGUCAGUAAUUUGUAUCAUUCAUCAGCUGUUACAAAUCAUUUUGAAAGGGAUUCCAACAAUAUUGUUCCACUAUGCUGUUAUAGAUAUAUUUGUAUUUUUUUUUUUUUUACAACUGUAUCUUUAUUGUUAUCAUUAUAGUUAUCAUCUUUGGUGUAACGGUACUUAAAAAUAAAAGUGAUUUAGCAUUAAAAUAUUUUUGCUGGCAAAAUGUAGUCAUUUCAAUAGGAAUCCAAAUGAUUGGAAAUUCCAAACAGAGCGAAAUUUUCCCCACACAGAUUGACCAGCAGCACGCUGACAGCAGAAAGCUGCUUGGUUUGUCUUUUGUGUGAGCUGCUUGAUACAUCUCUACACUACUGACAACAGACAAUGCACAUUUGUUUCAUGAAAUUUCGCUAAAGUGACUGAACCAUAAGGCUCUCCUCUGGAUCAUCUCAGCUAAUGUAUCCGUUUUAUUUGCUGAAGAGAAUUUGUCUACCUGUGAUUUUGUAUAAGCAUUUCAAUAAACCAUGGCUCAGGCACAAUCCUUCCGUUUGGUUUUUACACAGUUUCAGCUGCACGCCGUCACGCCACAUUAUAGCCCCUACGCA